UCAAUCUCAUCCACAUUCCACAUCUCAAAGUCAAAUCUCAAAUCAAAAAAUCGAAUAUUCGAAUUUCACCGCUUCGAAACCCUCUCAUUAUCACCAAAAUUUUCAAACCCUAACAUCCCAAUUUCGCAGGUGAGCUUUCCGAAGCAUCAUCAACUUUCUCUGGGAGAGCCGCUUCGACGGGAAACAAGGGUUUUCGCUGCAAAUCCAAUCGGUCAAAUUGGAAUCGUCGGAACAAUUCGUCAUGAAGUUCCUGGAGUGCGCUGCUUUAGAUCGGCUUAACGAUUUCUUGGGUAAUUUGAAUCUGGGAGAACGUACUGUCAAAGGAUGCCUUGAAGCUUAUAGUUGCAAACAUGCUGGAACGGAUAAAAAACUCUCCAUCAGUUUGGAGACAGAGAUUCUUGAUUAUCUUGGGAAAUCAUCUGACACUGAUUCGUCAUCACCGGAUCAAAACAUAUUAACCAGAACCAGCCGAAGGACAUUGGUUUACUUGGUUCUUACCCUAUAUCACAUGUAUCCCGAUUAUGACUUCAGUGCAGUUAAAGCUCACCAGUUUUUCGCAGAGGAAUCAUGGGACAGUUUUAAACAGAUAUUUGAUACCUACAUGCUUGAAGCUUCAAAGGAAUGGGCUGAAACUGUAGGUGGUGCUUGUUUGCUGGGCACCUUGUUCAAGGCCCUUGAUGAGGUGGUGAAGUUAGUGGACUGUGAAAUUUACAGUUAUGUCCCUGAUUCCGAGGCAGAUCCAUUACUGGAUAGAGGAGCAAUAUGGUCCUUUAAUUUCUUGUUUUAUAAUAGAAAGCUUAAGCGGAUUGUGACUUUUCAAUUCAGUUGUUUUAGUAACUUGAUUACUGACGGAUUGCUUGUUGAUGAGAUGCACAAUGAGUAUGAUGAAGAAAUAUUUGCUGACAUGGAUAUAUGAGUCACUUCUACCUCUAUCAGUUAGCUUAUCAAGACUGAUCCUCCCAUGUGUAGUUCUGUAAUAUAAGAUGGUUUCAGAUGUGUAGUUCUGUAAAUUGAAGACUGUUUCUGCGCGGCCUGAGUCGUAGAUAUAGUAUUCGGAUCUUCCCGAAUGCAUAUAGUAGUUUUGACUUCUGUAUCUUACGCGGUUGCACAUUGUAGAUUUGGAAACUGCAUCUUUCGGUGUGCAUAUGACUGUUAGGACACACCUCUGGUGUAAUAUUAGCGAAAAAUACUUAUUUGGAAUUGGAGCAAUGGGUAAUGGAUUUUAGGUUAUAUUCCUCUGAAAUGGAUGCUUAUUUUCCUCCAUAAUUUGUUAUGGAUUGGUUUUA